AGAGAGAUAACUUUGGGUCUAACUGAGAAAUGUCAUGCCGCCUUUCCUGGUGCGGAAGGCGGUGCUCAAACAAUGGGUCCGGAGCCGGGGUUAGUGGAGGUUUGAUUGGCUGUCAGAUCUAGUGUAAAGUGUAUUUGCACACCUUGGCACCUGAGUUGGGCUUAGACCUCGUAUGUCCAUGGAUAAGAACAGGAGUCCAGAAGGAUAGCCGACGGGUUUAAAUUAAUAUCUCACAACAUGGCCACUCAGCGAACACUCUCUCAGAUCCUUGUUUCUUAGUAACGUGCCUAUCAUUCCCUGCAUCGCCGCAACUUGAUCCUACCUUUUUUUUUCCCUCCUUUUUUUGCUUUUUCCUUUUCUUUCCCUUUUCCCAUCAACUCUUCGUUGACGCUGUGAACUUCACCCCUCCUUGGUCUGUUGUUCUCGGUUCUUUCAAUUUAUUUUGCUUUGAUUGUUCUUUGCGGUUAUAAUAUUCUUCUUAUUGUCUUCUAUUAUAUCUAAUUUUUUUUGGCCCUAGUCUUUUAGACUGAGAACGUAAAAAAAAAAAAAAAGGCUCGCCCAUACGCAACGCCCUGCCUCGUUUGCGAAGUACAAAGGUUGAUACGCAUCCGCCAUCAUGGAUCCGGAUAAGAUCACAGCAGAUUCGAAUCUCGAAGCGCUGGGGUAUACCCCAGAGUUAUCGCGUAAUCGAUCAACAUUGCAUGCGGUGUUCAUGUGCUUCAUUCUGGCUUCGGUGCCCUACGGUUUAUCUACCACCAUGGCAUACUCGAUGGCGGGAGGAGGGUCGCCCACGAUGAUCUGGGGCUGGAUCGUGGUAUCCUUGAUCAUGCUGUGUGUCGCAGUGUCACUUGCAGAAGUGACCUCCGUCUACCCCACCGCCGGUGGGGUCUAUUAUCAAACCUUUGCGCUGUGCCCGCCUCAGUAUCGUCGCGUGGCGGCCUGGAUCUGUGGUUGGGCCUUCAUCGCCGGGAAUAUCACCAUCACUUUAGCCGUGAACUUUGCGACUGCCCUGUUCUUCAUCGAGAGUCUGAACGUCUUUACCGAUUCCGCGGGUGUCGGUAUUACAGCAGACUUCCAUGCGUAUCAAACCUACUUGAUCUUCCUAGGCAUCACGCUCAUCACUCAUGCGAUCCCUGCGUUUGGGAAUAAAUGGCUGACAUAUCUAGAGACAUUUGCCAUCUUUUGGACCCUGGUUGGUGUAACGGCCAUUGUCAUCACCAUCUUGGUCGUUGCAGAUAACGGCAGACAUUCUGCGAAAUAUGUCUUCACCAGCUUCGAGCCUCAAUCCGGCUGGCCAGACGGUUGGUCCUUUUGUGUUGGUUUACUCCAAGCCGCAUAUGCCCUUUCAGCGACCGGCAUGGUUACCUCCAUGUGUGAAGAAGUCCGCCAGCCCGCAAUCCAAGUGCCCAGAGCGAUCGUCGGCGGUGUCGUCCUCAAUUUCCUCGCCGGUUUCUUAUUCUUACUGCCCCUCGCGUUUGUCCUUCCCGAUAUCCCAAUGCUAGCAAAUCUCGCCUCCGGUCAACCAGUCCCGCCCAUCUUUAAGUCCGCCACCGGUAGCGCUGCCGGAGCCUUCUGUCUUCUCAUUCCCUUACUGAGCCUCGGCGUGAUCUGCGGCGUGGGUUGCGUAACAGCCGCGUCGCGAUGCGUCUGGGCCUUCGCGCGCGAUGGCGCCAUCCCCGGCUCCGGAUGGUUCAAGAAGGUAAAUCCCAGUCUCGAUAACAUCCCGCUAAACUCAAUGAUGCUCUGCAUGGUAAUUGAGCUCCUUCUCGGAUUGAUCUACUUCGGAUCCACCGCCGCGUAUAAUGCUUUCUCGGGCGUGGGCGUUAUGUUCCUGACCCUGAGCUAUGCUUGUCCGGUAGCUGUUUCUCUUCUGCUUCGCAAGCGGAAGGAUAUCCAAAAUUGCAGCUUCAAUCUAGGAUCGCUCGGCCUAUUCUGUAACAUCGUCUGCCUUGCAUGGACGCUUCUUGCCAUCCCACUGUUCUCCAUGCCAACUUUCAUGGAAGUCACGAAAGAAACCAUGAAUUACGCUUCGGUCGUCUUCGUGGGUUUCUUCAUCAUCUCGGCUGCUUGGUAUUGGGUCUGGGGUUAUGAAAACUACGCAGGUCCGCCGGCUGAAGGCAAUGUGUCGUUUGUCAGUGAACCGGGACUGUAACAGACACAAUCGGAAAGUUUUCGACCCCCUACCAUGACCGUGUUCGAAUACGGAGCUAGUGAUGGAGAGGUUGAUUUAGGGGUGUGUAUAUAUAAUACAGGUCCAAUUGACGUGACU